AUGAACAUAUAUAAUCACUAUGUUCGACACACCGUAACACCGCUACACCUUCAGGCAAAGGUCCAGCUACCUCUUGAUCCUUACUUGGAGGUCCCGGAGAGAUUGGAUCGGAAGUUAGAGGCUGACUUAGCCAGAGCGACAGUUGAUUUGGAAAUCGUCAGGCGUGAGAUCGAGGAACUGAGUGCGGAGCGCCUACCACCGUGUUCAAAGUGUGCCGAACUUCAGAAAAAUUACAAGGAGUGCCAAGUGCACUUUAGAAUAUUAGUUGCCAAAAAUAUGCGUGAAACGGAGGCCGCUGAAACGGCCAGAAUUGUGGAACGUAGGAGGAACAUGAAUUUGAAUAAGGAGGUUCUCGAGUUGAACGAGGAUCUGCAUAACGUUAGGCGUCUAUUCUUGUACAGCGAAGAGCUGGUACGUCAACUUCAAACACUACUGGAGGAGGCGCUCUAUGAAGAAGAGAUCUAUUAUCUUCUUUGA